CUCGGGAGGAUGCUCGGGAGCUGCCGCCUGCUCCUCCUGCUCCGCUCCCCGCUGCCGAGCGCCGGCUGCCCCCGCGCUGCGCACAGAGGCACAGACACAGGCCCCCUCACUAAACAAGCUGAAGCAGCUGCUGCUACAGACUGGAAAAAAAAAUUGACUCCGGAGCAAUUCUAUGUUACACGAGAAAAAGGAACUGAACCGCCUUUCAGUGGGAUCUAUCUGAAUAACACAGAAUCAGGAAUAUACUGCUGCGUGUGCUGCAAUGCCCCCCUCUUCAGCUCAGAGAAGAAGUACAAUUCUGGGACUGGAUGGCCAUCUUUUUCUGAGGCUUAUGGUACUUGUGGCGGAGAUGAAAGUAAUACCAAUAUCCUGAGACGACCAGAUAACUCACUGGGGUCAACUAGAACUGAAGUCGUCUGCAAACAGUGUGAUGCCCAUCUAGGCCAUGUGUUUGAUGAUGGACCCAAACCUUCUGGGCAGAGGUUCUGUAUCAACAGCAUUUCAUUAAACUUGAAAUCAGGCUCUGGGCAGUGAGAAGUGGCUCUCUCUGGCUUGCAGAACAUUCUUUCUCUGCUCAUACAGCAUGCUUGUGAAAAACUCAAAUUUUAGUAAUUAUGCUGUAGUAGCUUUGUUUUCCAGCUGUUAUCAUUGUUGAUAAAAUACAUAUUUUUGUUGUAACUCUUUGGCUGUCUGUCUUUUCAUGGUUACUGUGGCAUGUUGAUCUGCUUAUUGUAUUUUUUAAUUAAAAAAAAUAAAUCUGUGCGAUAGUUCACAUUCAUAGGUAUCAUCAUUAACUGUAGGAGGCUGCUGAAAUGAGGUGCUCUCCUGAACCUGACUGCCUAUUCUGAGCAGUAGUUGUGGCACUCAGGAACACAGAUGUACAUGGCUGAUCAUGGCAAAGCUUAUACUUCUGUAAAAUCAUCAUAUCCUCCUAAAGAGAAGCAAAAAUAACAUGAAUCUUCAAAUAAGGUCUGAGGGUUUUUUUUCCCCCUGAUGUGAGAGACCUUUAGCUGAGCCAAGUGACUUUUCUGUGAACCCAUAAAAGCAAAGUCCUGAAGGAGGACCUAAUUAAAACUAUUUCAGGCAAUGGAACCAGUGGAGACAUGGAGUCUUUCUUCUUUUAAAUCAAUUAUUUUGAUUCUGUGUCCAAUAGCAGAGUUGAAAUAGGGUUUGCUCCAGAAACGUCUCUUACAGCAAUUAUAUG